AUGCCAAUGUUGCUUACGCCGGGGUUUGGUCCAUUCUUUGGCUCCGCGCCUGACACAGUGGCAGUCAGAAACACCCUGGUUCUCAUCGUGGAUGGACUCCUCGAUGGAAACCGACGACUUCUCCAAUAUUGGUUGGAAAAUGUUAGUCAGAUGUUGGUGAUUGACCCCGAGGAUAACCCCUACUCUUUUCUGGCUCUGGAAUACAUCUCGGAAUCGGCAGCGUUGUUAAACGUCGUUCAGUCAAUAAGUGCCUGUCAUGAACAGUAUUUCCCCCCGUAUGCUCCUAUGAUUGCCCUUGAGGAAUGA